GAAGACUUGAAGCAAUCUACACCCCCACACCUCCUAUCCAAAUCCUUCGAAAUCUUUUACCUGAUUCCAUUCUACUAGACUUCUAUUUUGUUCAACGUGCCAUCACUGAAGCAUUUGACAUUCAUUAG